ACGAGCUCUCCAUCUACCUCAAAUGCCAUAGUGCCUUAUCAACCACCGCGCGGCAAUUUCGGCGGGAACAACGCACGUGGCUGGAAUCGACCGAGGGAUAUGGGGUCCGACAGCGAGGCGAUGAUGAUUUUGAGAGAGAUUUGGAAUGACCGACGUGAGGAAAGGGAACACAGGCGCGAGGAGGAGGACAGAAGGAAUAGAGAGGAACAUGCGAGAAUUGUUCGAGAAGAAGAAGAGAAGAGACUGGAAGCUGAAGAAAAGAAGGAAGCUGAGCGAGAAGCCAAAAUGGCUAAGUCAGUUAGGGAUCAAAUGGAAGAGAUGGAGGCAAAGAAGAAAGGUGUCUCCGGGGUUGCUAGUAAAGCGGGUUGGGAUAAGAUAGAAAGAGAUGUGAAGUCUCCUAAAGAAGGGGAGACCAUAAAAAGUAGUGAAUGUGAGAAUCGCAAACGUGAUCAGGUUGCGAUGGGUGGAGAAUCCGUGGCCUUUCAGCAGCAGGCCGUCGAAAGGCAGUGGGUUGGUAACGAAGUAACCCCGCUCGAUACCAAUUUGCUGCGUAUGGAGCUGGACAGUAUGUUCGCCUUCGUCGCUGGCAACACAGCUAGGAGACGAUCGGUUGGGAUUACCAUCAAUGAAAAUGCAUCUCAAGGUCUUGGUUUCGACCGCAUCAACAGGGGGAAGAAGGCGGUUGUUGCUGGAUCGGGAAAGGCAGGCAAGGUGAAGUACAUUGAUGACUUGAUUGAAGUUCUCAUGCAGAAGACCAAGCAUGAGUUGGAAGAUUUGUGCAAGAAGGAUCGUAUAAAGUAUGUGAACAAGAAAAUCACUACUGCUGCUUUGGCUAGACUACGUGCGAUUGCGGCCUACGGUGAUGAGGAAGAGGAGGACCAGUCUGAGGAGGAAUCUCAAGAGGAGAACCCCUCUUGAUGAUCUGUGGAUCUCCCUGCAAUUGGGUGCCACUUGGAGCGUUUGAGAAUUCGAAGAAGAAAUGAAGGGUGGCAAGGCAG